AUGAAAAUCUCAAUUUGUGUGUUGGUUGCAUAUUUGGUAGUGGUUUUUGGCGCGCCACAAGGCGAUAAAGAUGCGGUGGUGAUAAGAAACGAAUUGGAUAACAUUGGCGUCGACGGAUUUAAAUGGGCAUAUGAAACAAGCAAUGGAAUUCAAGCGCAAGAACAAGGCAGUGUGGCUAAUCCAGGAACUGAUAAUGAAAUCUUAUCAGUACGUGGGUCUUUCUCGUACAAAGGAGCUGAUGGUGUCACUUAUACUGUUAAUUAUGUCGCGGAUGAGAAUGGUUUCCAACCGGAAGGUGCCCAUAUUCCAAAAUAA